ACAGAAUAGCUGUCAUCCUAUGGGUAAGCAGGGAGUAUUAGCAAGAAUCUGACUGAGAAACCCUCAUACACGUGUUCAGUCCCUAUGGCAGUGUUGGAGUAGUGUAAGGUAUGGCAACUCCUGGUUCACAGAUGGAGUUUUGAGGUCGCAAACGGCCUGUGGGAUCACAUGGACCAGUCUCCAGGGUUUGAGAAGUUCUGAGCUCACUGCCACGGUGCUGCUAUGGCUUCAUCAAUGCCAGAGCACUACGCACCAAGGGCAGACAUCAUAAAGGUGAGCAGUGGCUGCAAUGGUGGCAUGUGGUCCCAGCAAGCCACGCAGGGUGGAGAUGACAACAGGCCCUGUUGACAAGCUGAACAGCGUUAUAUCCAGCUGCAACUUGCGUCCCCCACCUUCCAACCCAGAAAGGACUGACCUAAGACCAAAAGAGGGUUAAUGAUUCUGCAUUCCAAGGGGAAAACAAAUUAUGACAUCGACAUCUAAAGGAAUUUUCCGGCCAUUUUUGAUUAUCUUCAUUGUCCUUGGUUGUUUCAUGGCAUUUAUACUAAUUUAUAUUAAACCAACAAACAGUUGGAUCUCUGGUCCUAUAGAAUCAGCCAGCUCAGUUUUGAAAAUGAAGAGCUUCUUUUCUUCCAAAACUGAUAAUGUUAACGAGACUACUAUUUUGAUCUGGGUUUGGCCAUUUGGUCAGACAUUUGAUCUAACAUCCUGCCAAACAAUGUUCAACAUCCAUGGGUGCCAUCUGACUAUUGACCGCUCACUAUAUAACAAAUCCCAUGCAGUUCUCAUUCAUCACAGGGACAUUAGCUGGGAUCUGACUAAUUUACCUCAGCAAGCCAGGCCACCAUUCCAGAAAUGGAUUUGGAUGAACUUGGAGUCUCCAACUCAUACUCCACAAAAGAGUGGCAUUGAACACCUCUUUAACCUGACCCUGACUUACCGGCGUGAUUCAGAUAUUCAGGUGCCUUAUGGCUUCAUGAUGGUCGGUACAAGUUCCUUUACAUAUGAAGUGCCAAGUAAAGAAAACUUGGUGUGUUGGGUUGUAAGUAACUGGAACCCUGAGCAUGCUCGAGUCAAGUAUUACAAUGAGCUUAGCAAAUACAUUGAAAUCCAUACCUAUGGGCAAGCCUUCGGAGACUACGUCAAUGACAAAAACUUAAUUCCAACUAUCUCUACUUGUAAAUUCUACCUUUCAUUUGAAAAUUCAAUCCACAAAGAUUAUAUUACUGAGAAACUUUACAAUGCUCUUCUGGCUGGAUCAGUACCAGUUGUACUGGGCCCUUCCAGAGAAAACUAUGAGAAUUACAUUCCAUCAGAUUCUUUCAUACACGUGGAAGAUUUUCUCUCCCCAAGAGAGCUGGCAGAAUAUCUUCUAAUGCUUGACAAAAAUAACAAGAUGUACCUUAGUUAUUUCAACUGGAAGAAGGAUUUCUCAGUGCAUCUUCCUAGGUUUUGGGAAUCACAUGCAUGUCUUGCUUGUGAUCAUGUGAAAAGACACCAGGAAUACAAGUCAAUUGGAAAUUUAGAAAAAUGGUUUUGGAAUUAAUGUGUGUGUGUGUAUGUGUGUGUGUCUGUGUGCGCGUGUGCACUUUUUUGAAGAAGCCAGAUGGAUCUUUAGUCCAAGUGGAGAGGAAAGGAAUAAGAAAAGAAGGAAGAGAAAACCUUAUGUCAUGGUUUUUCAGCUAUCCUCUCUUGGCUGUCCUAUUUAUAUUUUGUAAAAGAUUUUAAAGAUCAUGAGCAGCAGUCAUCAAUACUCAGUUUUAAAUUAUAAUGUACAUACUAAUUACGUGCACUGAAGAAUAUUUGAUUGUUUACUAUAAUUUUUAAACAAGAUUUUUCACAUUGUCUAUGAAGUAUGCCUCAGUCUUGCACAUAAAGUAGUCAUUUUUAACAUUUUUUCCUUUUUUUUAAGAUUUUAUUUGCUUUUUAACCUAUUUGGAAAAUGAGGACACGACUCUUAAAUGCCAUAGAGAAUUUUAAGAACAUAAUUUUCUGUUCUAUUCUGAAAGGUGUGUAAUGUUUUAAAAAACAGUAAAGUUUUUUUAUGGGUCAUCUUAUAUUUUAAGAACACAGUGAAGUUCAAUAUCUGUCAUUAUUCCAGUGCGAUCAAUUGCACCCCUUUUUAAGGGUGCAGAAUGUAGAAAUACAGUUUUUUAAAGGUAUUACAAUAGCAGUCACUCUGUUUCUAAAAAGGAUGAGUUUCCUAAGAAACAGCUCCUAGAGUUACUUUAGGAAUAUGUUUGUUACCCUCUGAAGAGUAGAGAAGCCAGAUAUAAACAAGAUGAACAAUCUUAGUGAUCAAAGCCCGAUUCAUCCAACUUUUGAAUGCAUUUAAAUGCAGCAUGUCCUUAAGUUUCCUUGUGUAUCAAGUAUUGUUUACCUGAAUCAGGGCUGUAAUUGGUGUUAUACUGAUACAGAAGUAAACAGAUUUUAAUAUAGGCAUUUGAUCGCAUCAGACUCAUGCACUGAAUUCAGCUGGUAAUAGUAACCUUUUAGAAAUAGCUUGUUAAAAGAUUCUAGAAAUUUCUCUCUCUCUCUCUUUUUUUUUUUUUUUUUUCAAUUGUCAAAUUUCUCUCCAAUUCUGUAAAGAUCUGUUGAACUGUAAUUAUAGUUGGACAACUUGCUGAGUGGUGAGUUUCUUUUCUGAAAGAAAUAUGCUGAAAAUCAGUAAAUAAGUUAUCAAGAUGACAUAUUCAACCAUUCAACUCAUUAAGCUAAUGAGUUUUGUUUUCUGAAAAUAUUUUGUGUGACAGGUAUAAACAAAUGCAUUCUUGAGAACAGUAGAUGCUUUCAAAAUCUGAAUAUACAAGCAGAUUUUAAGUAUUAAAUUUGCUCUGAUAACAAAUACAGAAAUGUGAUGAUUGUCAUGAUUGUUAAAAAUGUAUCUGUUUCUAAUGUGUGUCAUUUGAUUUUAUUACUUUUUUCUUUCAACAGCUAAGACUUAAAUUCUGGAUUGCUGUGUAUAGUACAAGGUUAGUUUAAUGAUGUAGACAUAUGGAUAUAUUUUGAUACCAACUGAAAGCCAAUCAGCUUGUUUUUUUUUUAGGUCAAAAUAUUACAGAUUACAGUUUCUACUGAGUUGCAGUCAGCUCUCAGAAUCUUGUGUCUACUAUUUUGAUAUGUUUUAAAAUCAUACUAGAAAUGUGAAUUCUUUUCUGACUAUAUUAUCUUUUCUUUAAACUACAGAAAGAGUUGUAAAAGAAAUUGAAGUAAAAGAAAUGUUAAAAGGUACAAACUCACUGGUAAGCAUCACACAGUACAAUUAGUACAUUGUUCCAAUAGUUAACAGAUGAACAUUGAGUUCAAACUUUCGAGACUUAAUCCUAAGAAAAAGAAAAUAACAUGUAAAAAGCUUGAAACAUGAAGGUAUGAGAUGCUUUUCAUUUACUGUGAACAAAUACAUGUCCUGCUACUAAUGUAAGGUCUGGUAAAAGAAGCUACAUACAGAAAAGAAUGAAAAAAGUCUAAAGGUUUAACUGGAAAAACUUCUAGUUAUGUGAUGUAGAAGACCUUGAUCAAGCAGUGUAAUUGAUAAAUACUUAAGAUUAAACUUGCAGACAACAAAUUUGCUGCAAUAAUGGAUCAAGUUAUAAGUGAUGAUAACCAUUAACAAACAAUAAAGUGAUUUGUGAGAUACUUUGUUUACCCCAGGCCGGAACAGAAACAUGGAAGGCUGUAAGAGUAAUAUAUUUACAUUUCUAAACUCAGAAACUCCUCUGAAAAUCUUACAGAAACACUUGUGUUCUCCCUAUGUUCUCCCUAUGUCUCCAUUUAGAUAUUUAUUUAUACUGUGUAUUGUUGUCUUAAAAAACUAAUUUACAAGAUACUGUGAACCUCCUAAAUUCACCAGCAUUCCAGUAGGAAACAAGAUGGGCUUACCUUGCAAAUUAAUGCAAUAUAAGGAAACCCAGUCUUCUAAAACCAAGCGUUGACAUUGUUGUAAUGUGAAUAAUAUUUCUAUCAUUUUGAAGGCAAGUGGCUAUUGCCCACAGGAACAAAACCCUUCUGUUUCUUCAUACUUUUUGAUUUUAGGGCUGUGAAAUUCUCAGCUGCUGAUUAUGGCACUGCUUUGGCUAGAUUACCUGAUUUCCUUGAUGCUGGAGUUUGGAAGUUCUUUGCAUUGACCUCAGUGGAAGUAUAUUCACCCUUUGGUGAACAUGCGCAGUCCCUUAUUUCAUUCCUCCUUCCAGAUAGCGGGAGUUGUGCUGGGCAUUACAAAACCUUAGUCAGAGGAGACUAAUUCCUUGGCUUCAAGAUUCAGCUGAUAAAUUCUUAUAUUAAUAACAAGUAAGCACAAUAAUGAGAUGAGAUGGGAAUAUAUAUUACUUGUUACUAAAAAGAUCAAUAGGAGUAUACACUGGAAAGUUUUGAAAUAUAUGCUUAAGUGUUAAGCCUGCAAGUAAUAUUGUUACUUCUGUGAGCACUGGAUCCAGUCAGCAUGGUUAAUCUUGUGCUGAAUUUUAAGGUACAUGACAGUCUUUUGCUGGAACUGGAAACAGAGUUGUUCUUGUCACAAAAACUCUACACAAGCUUGUAUACUUUGCCUUCAGGAUGCAUUACUUGAAUUGUUUCAAAGAUUAAUAAAACGGGAGAAAUUUAAACCAGAUUGAAAUGACUAAGAAUUAUGAUCAAGUCCUAACAAGAGACGUGGCCCUAAUACCUCACUGAUAUUCCUGAAGUGUGCGGUCUGGAACAUAAGUGAGUCAUCCAUUUCAUGAAGAUUUUAGGGGGAUCUACGUGUAUUGUCAAACCUUAAGCAGUCCUGAAUGUAAAGAGCUUUGCUGACAGAAGCUGUAACAUCUUCAGGCAUAUCCAGCCUAGGUGGUAAAUGAUGGAAACAAUGGAUGUAAAUUAUCUGAACUUCAUGUAUGCAAAAAUGCAGUCUGCCUGGACCUACACACCUAACUCACAGAAGAUUGAUUCCAGUCUGUCUGUGCUCUUUCUCUGAGCCAUCCUACAUGAAUAAUUAGCGUAAUGGGUUCAAAUAGUAAAUCGCUGUGAAGGAGAAUGGGCAAAACCAAUUAAUUAUGGAAAGAAAAAUUACAUAGAAUUAGUUAAAAUGGAAAACAAGGCAUUAUUUAUGCCAUGGUACCAUUGUCAAAAGAAGAUAGUUGUAAAAUAAAAAAGAAAUUAAAGAUGAGAAAUCACAUCAAUUCUUACUAUUUUCUUAACAAUUUUAUUUCAGCCAGUCAGUUCAUUUUAUUUGCCAGCCCAGUAAUCCAGCAGCAUGCUUACUUGUCACAUAUUAUAUCGUCAGUCAUUGAAGAUAGAGUAAUCAUUAUUCUUUCUUUUACUAUACCUUCUUUUGGUUGUUUUUAGGCACUCUGUGCUACACUGAGCUAUCAACAUUUUACUGUCUUAAUCAGUGUGGAAAAUAAGAUCCAAAACAGAUAAAUGCUAACAGCAGAUGCAUUGCUAUCCCACUGAAUGUGAACAGACAUCAGACAAACUGGCAGCAGAUCCUUCUAAAGCAGACUUUUCCUUUCAUUUCACCAACACUCAAUGACCAUAGUAGCUCAUGCUCAAUGUGAGAUCUCCCUUCCUUAGUAAAUUCUGGUCCCCAGUUUCUUUGAAUGUCUCUUGCCAUCCAAGGUGGCUGUGAUUGCAAUGAACAAGCAGCCUGAGUGAGGCCCACAGACCGUGCAAGAAAGAACCAGCAACAUAUUUGGUUUGUAAGAAAUACAUCAAAUGAAAAGAAAGAGAGGUAGAAUAUGGAUGUGGGGCUGCAGACUUCAUACAGACUGAGCACUGUCUGUGUAACUGGCACUGCUGAUCACAGUAAACAGACAGUUACUGGCUGUAGCUACUUAUGUUCACUUCUCAACCUGGAAUUGAAGAGAAAAAAAAAAAAAAAAGUACCAUAUACUUUUCUCUCAUCUCUAAUCAGGCAAGCAUCAGUUAAAUAACCAAUAACUGUUGCUGAUUAUUCAAGAAUGACACUCCUGUUGGCCUUGUAUUAUCUCUUUUAUUAGAUAAAAAAUAACAUUGGGGGUGGAAGACUGAAGUCUGUCAGUAAGCUAAUCAUAUUUCCUGUUUGACAUGAAGAAUUCUUAAUAUCUUUUCUUUUUUUGAUUUUGAAAUAAAUCCUUCUGCACUUAUGCAACAACGCUUUUUGAACCUAGUUCAGAAAGGACCUUAAGCACAUGCAUAUGACCAUGAGACUCAAGCACAUGCUUAAAUUUAAGAGCAUCUUAAAUGCUUUAAUGCACUGGGGCUUCUAACAGUAUAUUUUUAUUGUCUUUGGGAAUUGUGCCAGAGAGCACAGUCUAUAGCACAGGCCAACUUGUGUGUCCUUUUAGCAUCCAUGUGUCUAUUCUGUGAGUGAACUGGCUACUCCAAAUUGAAAACUCUUCAGACUAAUUAUGGCUUAGUGCUUAUCCAUCAGACUUUGGCCCUACUCUUCUGCUUCAGCAUAUAACGUGCCACCAUCACCUCAUGUCAUCCACUCAGCAUGGCACCCCACAUUACAGCCUCCCUGUGCUGUGUACUUGGGUGUUGAAUACAGAGGUGAGAGGAGCUGAGACUUGCUGAGAUAGUAUUUAGAAUACUCUCCUAGCAAGAAAGUAUAAAACCUGGUCACAUCUGCUUCCAUUUAACCCAGACUGAGUAUGUCCUAGAGGGGAUGAGUCUAAUCAUAGAACAAUCAUAGAAUAUCCUGAUUUGGUAGAGACCCAUGAGGGUCAUCAAGUCCAACUCCUGACUCCACAAAAGGCAACCCAAGAAUUAAACCAUGUAUCUAAGAGCAUUGACCAAAUGCUAUUUGAACAUCUAAACGUGAUUUACCUCUUAUUUGCUUUCUGAGGAUAAGAAAAGGCAUAUAAUUGAAAAACAGCAUGUGGUCUUAUUCCCACUGUUGAGGAAAUGUUUGCAUCCUUCAUCUUGGAGAAGUAUAGAACCAGAAACAGCUGACUUGUAAGUAAAUUAAUUGGACUACUUAUUUAAGCUAAACUAGAGGUUUGGGAACUAGAGAUCAACAGCCUGGGAGAGACAGAGGGCACCAGUGUGUCUAUGCAGGCUGACAGGGAGCCUUCUGACCUUUAAGUCUAAUGGUGGAAGUUAGUCAAAUAUUCAAGUGCUUUCUUCAUCCAAACCAGUAAACUAUUGAGAAGAGAAUCUAGGUGAAGUACUUGUUUAUCUAACAGUUGGUGGGUAUUCUUAUUAACAUUGGAUGACAAUUCUGCUUUUUUGUUUGUUUUGUUUUUCUAAUAUAAGUGGUUUUUAGAUGUUAGACCUUAAUCAAUACAAAUACAAUUCAUACAAAAUGGUUGUUUAAGCUUCAUCUUUUACUCCUUGCUCAGGCAAAUAUUCCACUGAAGUCAGUAGCUGAUUUGGGACAUUCCCAUUCAGUAAUACAGGAUGAGCCCAGAGUGGAAUUGCUAGGGUAGAAAGCAACCUUCUCAUUCGUGGAUGUUUUCCUUCUAAUAUUUGAAUAAAUAGUUCUAGUGCUACAGCCCAUUCUAACUUCAAAGAAUCAGUGUAAUAUUCAUACUGGUUAGAUAUGUUCAUAAAAAGUACAGAAAUGCCAAGAAACUGAUUAAAUAAACCAUGCAGUAGUAAUUUUAAUUCAUGGCACAAAAGCCACAGAGUGAUACAGAUAAUAAAACCAUAAACUCAUGAGAAAUACUUAGUUCUAGAGACAUCAUCCUGUGGUUUCUGUAUUGGAAAAAGUCACUUAAUUACUCUAUUGGAAAGCUAUUUAAUUGAGAAACCUUUAUGUUGCCAUAUUCUCCAUGCAAUUAACUGAACCCAACAGUUUCUGUGCAAUGAAGAGUUCAGAGAUUUGAUCACAUGGCAGAGCCUUUCACCUCUGGGUUAGUUGCCUGAAUUAUGAGUAGGUUGGUGCAGGUGGCUAUUUGGGAACCUCUAGCAGGUGAUACUGUGAUCUCAACCAGGCUUCUCAUUCCUACUUUUAGCCAAGGAGGUAAAGAACUAAAGUGAGACGCAUGUAACAUCUUUGUGCAUUUCUCAGUGCACAGACAGGGUGACCUAGGGUGCUCCCAGUCCUGCAGGCUGCACCAUGCCUGUUUGUGAUUACACAGAAGUCUCUGUUGUCUUCAAGAGUAUUGGCAUUUCUUUGAAGUAUGGUGCUUGUCUGUACAAAUGAAGUAUUCAUACCUGGGGGAACUCUUCAUUAACAUUCCUAAGUAAAUAAUUAGUAAAAAAAUCAUCUAAUCAUUGCAAAUUGGCAGGAAAAGCAAUUGUUGGUUAUUCUGUAUAUGAAUUAGUCCAGCAUAAAAUAGGAUUUCAUGAAACCCUGUCCCCCUGACUUGAUACAGACAGUUUGAAUCUAUACACAAGGACAUGCAUGACAGCAAAAUGUGAAAGAUAUACCAUAAACUCAUGCUUAAAUCUAUGAAAUUGGGAUAAAUUUCCUACAGAGCCUUGAAGCUAUAACUAACCACUUAGCAGUCACCAAAUGAAAAUGUUCCCAUCAGUCCUUUUCCUUACAACGUGGUAUGAAAAGCCUGUCUGAUAUAUGUAUGCAGUUUGGUAAAUAAUUUAACCAUAAAAUCUAUAUUUUCCUUUGCUGUUUUCUUUUGUAAUGCAUAUGUUAAAUGAGAUUAAAAAGUAUGGAAAGUUAACUCCCUUGGUGCAGGUUAAUGUUUCAAGGAUUCGAUGGAUAUCCUGAAGACAACAAAAUGAGAAGAUUUUCCAUCUAUACAAAAUCCUAAUGUGCCAAAAUGCUUCCAGUGAAUACUAAUAAUAAUAAUUAAAAAAAAAAAAAGGUUACGUAUGUCUUUUUAUUAGGAUUUCCAAAAUCUUCUAUUAACGCACUGUAAUUUUGCACUAUUUUGUAAGAAAAUUAAAAAAAAAAAGGAAAAAGAAAAAAAACUGACAAAGAAACAGAAAAAAAAAAAAUCUAAAAACAGAUGCCAAAUGUAUAGUUUGUAAAAUACUAUUUUUCUUAUAUAAGGUGUCAUCAUAUAGUGAAUCUAACUGUGUUACUGUAAACUGUGAAAAAUGUGAUGUACUGUUGUGACACAGCCUGUCAAGGGCCAUUUCUAACACACAGAUUAGUCACCUGGACUUGUUUGUAUAUGAAACAUAUUCAUAAAUCUGAUAUCACUUUUAUACUUAUUUUUUGUAGUCUAUUUUUCCACAUUUACAACACAACUGUUAUUUUAUAUCAAACAUUAAUUUUGCUUUAAAAUAUUGUUUAAAUAGGUGGGUGGGUGUCUUAAAUGUGCCAGAUGUUCAAAACUGUAACAAGGUACUUCAGAAACUAUUCUUUGCAAAGCUGUAAUGCUGCUGAAAUUCAAAAUGUUUUGUUGAACAAGCAGGCGUACUGCCAAUAAACAACGGUUUCUGGUCCAUGAUAAUGACAAUAAUGUUACAUUCGCUAGGAUAAAUGCCUGGUGGUUAUGAGCUGCAUUUCCCUCUCUUUCUCUAUGUUGGGGAAACAAUAAUGGGUGCCAUAGCUGAAUGUCAUAGAUAUUCAGCCACUUUCAUGAUGUGCCAUGGACUUGACCUCCAAAAUAUAUUGAUGAGAAUUAGGAGAAAAACCCUAAAGCUGUUUGUCCUGAUUCAAACCCACAUUGGGCAUGGAUCAUGUUAACAUGGGAUUGCACUCAGAACUGGCACAAUCUCCGUAAAGAUAGUAAGUUGUCUGUGUAGAAACAUGGGACCACAUUUACUCUCCUAGUGAAAGAUCAGGACCAAAGUUCCUUUCUUGUGUAUUUGAGCUUACACACAUAACAUUGAAUGGGAUCUAAUAUGAACCCUUUAUUCAUGUUCUCAACUAAUAAUAUUUCUUGUACUGACAACUUAAUCUUUUAUAUGUUUUAAAUAGCAUACAUAAUGCAUAAAUUCAUGUGUAAGAAAUAAUAACCAUGGAAAACUGAAUUUUAAUAAAAGAAUGAAAACCAUUCUUAUCUGCAGGCACAUUUUAAGAUGCCACGUUAAAAGGAAAUCUUGUAAAAAGCUGUAUUUUUUAUUUGUCAGUGAUUGUAUAUUUUGCCCCAUGAUGUUUUAUAACAGGAAUUCUACCAAACUGUUUCUUCGUUACCUUCGAACAAUAUCAUCACCCUGAGAUGCAUCC